ACACAAAAUCCAUCAAAUGGAAAUUGUAUGCUUGUAAUGAAGAAAAUGGAUAUAGAUUUAAGGAAAUAUUCACAGCAAAAUCAUAAUAAACUUACAUGGAAAAAAGCAAUUCAUAGGGAUUUGCAUUCUGGAAAUAUAUUGUAUUCACAAUUUGAUAAUUAUUGGUAUAUCAGUGAUCUUGGAUUUUGUGGACCUGCUGAUAAAUCUUCAACAAGUAUAUAUGGAAAUCUUCCCUACAUUUCACCCGAAGUUAUUGUUGGAAGAGAGUAUACUUUUGCAUCUGAUAUUUAUAGUAUUGCAAUUCUUAUGUGGGAAAUUUCAUCUGGACAAACACCAUUUAUAAAUUAUGAACAUGAAAAUGAUAUUGUAAUGAAUAUUAUUAAUGGUAUAAGACCAAAAAUUGUGCCAGGAACUCCAUUAGAAUAUAAAAAUUUAAUGAAAGAAUGUUGGGAUGCUGAUCCAUUAAAAAGACCUGACGCUUGUGCACUUAUGAAAAAAAUGCAUAAAAUUAAUUUAGAUUAUCAAAAUAUGUCUUAUGAAUUAUUCAAAUCAGAAAUAGAUAAUUUAGAAAUGAAUAAAGUGAUAGUGAAAAAUUACCCGAAGAAUUUAUAAAGUUGCAAAUAAAUUCAAAU